UUCCAGUUCAUCAUAUCAACUAGAAUUCCACCAUGGUUAAAAGAGUCGCGGUAUUUGGUGCAGGAUGCAGUGGACUGACUGCUAUCAAAUGCUGUCUCGAUGAAGGUUUGGAGCCUAUGUGCUUUGAUAAGAGUGGAGAUAUUGGUGGAUUGUUUAUAUACCAGCACUUCAGUGAAGUUCCUGAAGAUGACAGAGCCAGUAUUUACAAUUCUGUUAUCAUUAACACAUCUAAGGAAAUGAUGUGUUACAGCGAUUACCCAAUACCAGACGACUACCCCAAUUACAUGCACAAUUCAAAGGUGCUGCAGUAUUUCCGGCAAUAUGCUGAACAUUUUCAACUGCUAAAAUACAUCCGUUUCAAGACAGCUGUUUGCAGCAUUCAAAAGCAUCCAGAUUUUCUCACCACUGGCCAAUGGGAUGUUGUCACAGAGUCGGAAGGAAAACAGGAGAAGCAUGUCUUUGAUGCCAUUCUUGUGUGCACAGGUCACCACACACAUCCAAAAUUACCUCUUGAUUCUUUUCCAGGCAUUGAAAACUUUAAAGGUCAGUACUUUCAUAGCCGUGACUACAAAAAUCCGGACACUUUCAAAAACAAAAAGAUAAUAGUGAUUGGUAUUGGAAACACUGCAGUUGAUCUGGUGGUGGAACUCAGCGCUGUAGCUAAGCAGGUAUUCCUGAGCACUAGGAAAGGGGCCUGGUUGGUGAAUCGUGUUUGUGAUAAUGGCUUUCCAUUGGACAUAGUUUUUUUCAGUCGCUUCAAUGCUAUUUUGCAAUGCACUUUUCCAUCGAUGAUUAACUCCUACAUGGAGAAUAAAUUCAACUCCAGAGUUGACCAUGACAACUUUGGUCUAAAACCUGAACACAGGUUUUUCAGUCAGCAUCCAACAAUCAGUGAUGAUUUACCAAAUCGCAUUAUUGCCGGUAAAGUGGUGAUGAAAACUAAUGUGAAACGUUUCACCGAGACAGAUGUCUUUUUUGAAGAUGGAACCGUAGAAAAAGACAUUGAUGUGGUCAUUUUUGCCACAGGAUAUAAUUUUUCAUUCCCUUUCAUUGACGAAUCUGUGAUAAAGGUUGAGCAUAAUGAGAUUCCUCUGUAUAAAAUGGUGUUUCCUCUGCAUCUGGAAAAGCCAACAAUGGCUUUCAUUGGCUACAUCCAACCAGUUGGUGCUAUAAUGCCAGUCUCUGAGAUUCAGGCUCGCUGGGUAACAAGAGUCUUCAAAGGUCUAACCAAGCUUCCAUCCAUGGAGAAAAUGAAGGAAGAGGUCAAUAAGAGAAAGGAAGACAUGCAGAAAAGGUACGUCAAAAGUGAGCGCCAUACCAUACAGGUGGAUUAUGUACCGUACAUGGAUGAAAUUGCCGCUGAGAUAGGCUGCAUACCCAAUAUUAAGCAGCUUUUCCUGUCAGAUCCCAAACUGGCCUGGCAGGUAUUAUUUGGCCCAUGUACACCUUACCAGUAUCGCCUGUGUGGACCAGGGCAAUGGAGGGAUGCCAGGAAAGCCAUUCUAACUCAGAAGGACCGCAUCAUAAAGCCAACAAAGACCCGCAAUGUGGAUAAUGAAAUGACCCAUGGUUCAUUUAAUAUGCUUUUUAAGCUUCUGGGCAUCUUUAUGAUCUUUGCUGCCAUGUAUGUCUUAGUGUAAUUAGGUCAAGCAAUGCUUUGAUUUAAAAAGUCUGUUGCUACAGGCUUCAGUCUCUUGAGAACGACAUAUUUGUUUGACAAAAUAUCCUUUAAUUUAGAUAACUGUAUGAAUCCUAC